UAAUUAUGUAUCUGUUAUUGGUCAUAAAAAGAUUUCUAUUCUUAAAAAUUGAUUAUAAAACUGCUUUAAUUCUUUUCUGUGAUAAUGUAAUGCAGUUAAACUUGUAAACAGAUGAACAUCUUAAUGAACAUACGAAUGAAAAUCCAGAAGAGGAAUUUUAUUUCAAUAAACAAUUUUUCAUGGCGCAACAACUUAAAUUAAACAAAACUGUAUAUUUAACUUAAAUUCAACAAUGUUAUGGUUCGAGGUUCGUUUUCAAAAGCAUUUCUUUUGGAUAAAAAGCUUAAAUAAUUAUUUCUUUAAAGAAUGGUUGUGAUAACUUUGUGGAUUAUGCUGAGCAUUAAUAAAAAAUGAAAAAAAACAUUAACGUCACUGACAUGAUGAAAACUUGAACAUCAUGUUCUUUGUUAAAUAAAAUGAUGGAGCACCUAUUUAAAAUAUUUUGAAUUAAAUUCUUCAAAAGCAUAAUAAUUAUAAUAAUAAUAAUAAUAAUAGUUUGAAAGGGAGAAUUCUAUUUGAUAUAUUAUAAAAUACUUUGACUCUCCUUCUUCAAGGUUGAAUUCCUUGAAAGUACAUCUUAGUGCCCUUAAAUCGACGAAACCGCGCAGUAAGAAGCAUCAAAUUUUAUCCUUCCUUGCAGAAGAAAUGCGGAAGGCACAGUGUAUGCACAAACAAAGACUCCAAAAGUCGUUACAAACAAAAGUUACUCCUCGACUUUCAGAUUUUAAAAGACUUGAACCCUAAAUUUUCUUCUUUCUGAAAGAAAUAGAAAUUUUUGAAAAGUAAAAACAUUUUUUCAACAAGUACCAAUACCAAUAUUAGAAGAAAAUUGAUGAUUUAAAAAGUCACGCAAUCUGGGAAAAUUGGAGCGAAAUCAUGAAAGUGAGAAGUUAUCCGGGUCGAGCGGUUUUAGAGGAUCAAGAAUUGAUUCUGGACCCGGAUGCAACCCGAGGAAGAGCAAUGGAACUUUUGUAUGAGGCCAGCUGGAGGGAGUGCGAUGUUAAUUGCAUGAAUAAUUCGCGUUCGAAACCAAGGAAUUCCAACCAACGAAAUAUUAGUGGCGAAAGAAGACAACCAUAUUCCGAGGUGAUUAGUCAAUUAGAAGGUGUUUUAGAUUGUAGUGGAAAUAAAUCUCCGUGCUCAAGAGAGGCACGGUCACCGAGAUCAAGUAGUAGUACUACUACUGAUAGUGAUUCCUCGGAAAUUAAUCAGACAAACGGUCAAAGCGGUUUCCUCAUUCCACGGCCGAGGCUAAUUGUACCAGUGCACACCUACGCCAGAAGAAGACGAACUGGUGCCCCACCUCCCACUAGAAGACGUCCUUUUCGUGAAGAGGGCAAGGUGGAAGUUUCUAGAGACGGAAAAUAUUUAAGUACCUUAGCGCCUGGAAAGGUUUUAGGUGAAUUAGCCAUUCUUUAUAAUUGUAAAAGGACAGCAACAAUAACAGCAGCAACCGAUUGUCAAUUGUGGGCCAUUGAUCGACAAUGUUUCCAAACAAUCAUGAUGAGAACUGGUCUUUCGAGACAAGCAGAAUAUACGGAUUUCCUUAAAAGUGUUCCUAUUUUCAAGAAUCUUCCGGAAGAAACUCUCAUUAAAAUAUCUGACGUUUUAGAAGAGACGUUUUAUAAUCAUGGAGACUAUAUAAUUAGACAAGGAGCAAGAGGUGACACUUUCUUUAUAAUAAGCAGGGGGCAAGUGAGGGUGACAAUGAAACAACCCGACACAACAGAUGAAAAAUAUAUUAGAACUUUGGGAAAAGGCGACUUUUUUGGCGAGAAAGCACUUCAAGGAGAUGACCUUAGGACAGCAAAUAUAAUAGCAGAUGAUCCAGAUGGUGUGAGUUGUCUCGUAAUCGAUCGAGAAACAUUCAAUCAACUUAUUUCGUCUUUAGAUGAGAUCAGGACACGAUACAAAGACGAGCUAGUUGAACGUAGAAGAUUUAAUGAAGAAUUCAGAGACCUUCGACUGCAAGAUCUUAGACCAUUAGCGACCUUGGGAGUUGGAGGAUUCGGAAGAGUGGAGUUGGUGCAAAUUGCCGGCGACAGUUCGAGGUCAUUUGCCUUAAAGCAAAUGAAAAAAGCUCAAAUUGUCGAAACACGACAGCAACAACACAUCAUGUCAGAGAAGAGAAUUAUGGGCGAAGCCGACUGUGAUUUUGUUGUUAAACUCUUCAAGACAUUCAAGGACCGGAAGUAUCUUUAUAUGUUGAUGGAAGCGUGCCUCGGUGGAGAAUUGUGGACGGUUUUAAGGGACAGAGGACAUUUUGAUGAUUCCACGACGAGAUUUUAUACUGCCUGCGUUGUUGAAGCUUUCGACUAUCUUCACUCAAGAAACAUUAUUUACAGGGAUUUGAAACCUGAAAACCUUUUACUCGACAGUCAGGGAUAUGUAAAGUUGGUCGAUUUCGGAUUUGCAAAACGAUUGGACAAUGGAAGAAAAACUUGGACUUUUUGUGGUACACCGGAAUACGUUGCACCUGAAGUUAUUCUCAAUCGUGGUCACGAUAUCAGUGCGGAUUAUUGGUCCUUGGGGGUUUUAAUGUUCGAGCUUCUCACUGGAACGCCGCCAUUCACAGGGGCUGAUCCCAUGAAGACGUACAAUAUCAUUCUCAAGGGAAUUGAUGCCAUUGAAUUUCCCCGAACAAUUACACGAAAUGCAACAGUUCUUAUCAAAAAACUUUGUCGGGAUAAUCCAGCUGAGCGUCUCGGUUACCAAAAGGGUGGAAUCAGCGAAAUUCAAAAACACAAAUGGUUCGAUGGCUUUAAUUGGGAAGGUUUGAGGGCCCGCACUUUGGAACCACCAAUAAUGCCACGAGUACAAAAUCCUAUGGAUACAGCAAAUUUCGAUGAAUAUCCUCCAGAUUCCGAUCCACCACCUCCGGACGAUAUGUCAGGAUGGGACAAUGACUUCUAGCACAUUCGGAAUGGCCAUUAGGCUCUCUUAUUAAAAAAAACACAUAUUUCAAUGUUCAUUGAACGACCGACUAUAGUUUAUGCAGAUUUUUUUUUCUUUCUUUCGAUAUUUUAAAAAAUGAAACGUCAUUAGAAAUAUUCUUCCAAUUUUUUAUAUUAUUGUAGCCAUUUUCAUAGUUGUCAAAAUUGUUUGAAGCGAAAAUUUCUAAUUCAAUAUUAAUCUGCUUUAAAGCAAAAAUUAAAAACAUUUUUGCAAAGUGAAUUUUCUACACUUAGAUACUGAUUACAUACAUAUCGAAAUUUAGAGAAACUUUAAUAAUUAUAAAUAUUUUAAAUUCUGGCUUGUGAUAAAAAUAAUUAUAUGUAUAGCCUUUUAUACUCGCAUUUUAGCGAAACUAUUUUAAGGCAAUGUAGCGCAAAGAGAAUAACAUCAAUUGUACAAAUUUAUCUCAAUAUUUUUUAAACUUUUGUGAAAUUUUGUAUGACAAAAUUUCUUCUUAAUUUCUCAUUAAAUACCGUGAAUGACUGACAUUUUUUUUUCUUUCUUUUACAAAACGUGUAAAAAUUAAAGUAAGGCUCGGUAUUUAAAAAAAUUGAAAAUUUAUAAUAAUAUGGAGGUAAUUGAGUCUUGUUAGAUAUUAGGAAGCCAAGUGCCAUUAUUAUGUAUAAUACGAAAGUGCGCUUGCACACAAGAAUAAGUAGCCAGCUCAAAUGUAUGAAAAUUUCUCUUGCCAUCUGCACUGCACUCCGAUAAAAAAAAUAAAUAUAAAUAAAUGCGAUCAUACUCGAUCGCAGAUCAAUUUUUCUCUCAUGCGCAGAUUCAAUGAGCCAAUUGUUGUUUUAUUCGUUUUUAUAGUUUAUUGACAUAAUUCUAUUUUAAUUAUAUUGAGACCAUUUGGUCAUGUAAAUAAACUAUACAUAUUAUAAAUACAUGAAAUAUUAUGUACAUCUAUAUAAAUAAAGUUUUAUUAAUUCAACAA